AUUGUGGUUUAUUGUGAUUACUUCACUGCUAGCUAGAUAAAACUAAAAUUGGACGAGAAGGAAAAAUAAAAAUGGUUGUUCGAUAGCUUUGUUACGCGAACCUGCAUACUCUUCUAGCUGGCCACGUAGUACGUCUUCAUAGAUGAACAUUAUAUCAUCGGAGGAAGAAAACCACAUUUUAAUGCAUUCAGAUGCAGAGUGUCCCGGAGCCGUGUCUGGUGUACGGGUGCGGCCCAAGAAGAGAGCCGCUGUGGCUGAGCCGGCAUCAGCCGAGAACCAGUUGACCCGUUCAUCUGGGAGACAGGCCAACGUAAGGGUGAAGCGCUGCAGCAACUCUCCGGGUCAGACAAAGAGGAAAGCAACAGACACAGAGGAAGAUGAAGACCAGUCAGAGAAGAAGUACAGGAAGUGUGAGAAGGCCGGCUGCUCGGCCACAUACCCAGUGUGCUUUGCCAGCGCAUCCGAAAGAUGUGCCAAAAAUGGCUACACGUCUCGAUGGUACCAUUUGUCCUGUGGAGAGCAUUUUUGCAAUGAAUGUUUUGAUCACUACUACAGAAGUCAUAAAGAUGGCUAUGAGAAGUAUGCCAACUGGAAAAGGGUGUGGACCGGCAAUGGGAAAAGUGAGCCCAGUCUGAAAGCUUUCAUGGCUGACCAGCAACUUCCAUACUGGGUCCAGUGCACCAAGCAGGACUGUGGGAAGUGGAGACAGCUGACCAAGGAGAUCCAGCUCACUGCCUCGUUAGCAACAACGUACCGCUGCGGGAUGAAGUUCAAUAAUGUGAAGAGUGAAGGCACAGACCAGUGCUCCCAGCCUGAAGACAUGAGGGUGGCUGAAGUGAUUGACAGCUGGUGGCACUCCAUGUUAAUCCUCCCCCCGCUGCUGAAGGACAGCCCGGCCAGCGCCUUCCUCACGGCGUACUACCCGGACUGCGUGGGCAUGAGCCCCUCCAGCUCCCCCGCCAACCUCUCCCUCAGCGAGCUGAAGGCGGAGCACUGCCGGGUCACCCAGCCCCAGAUCCCAGGGCUGUGCCCCUACUUCCAGCCCUUUUACCAGCCUAACGAGUGUGGGAAGGCCCUGUGUGUGCGGCCUGACAUGAUGGAGCUGGACGAGCUGUAUGAGUUUCCGGAAUAUUCCCGUGACCCCACCAUGUACCUGGCUCUGCGCAACCUCAUACUGGCCUCCUGGCACAGAGACUGCAAGGAAGUGCUGACCCCGCAGAAGUGCGCGCCUCACAUCGUCGUGCGAGGCCUGGUGCGGGUGCGCUGCGUGCAGGAGGUGGACAGGGUGCUCCACUUCAUGACCCGGAAGGGCCUGAUCAACACCGGAGUGCUGUCCGUCACGGAGCCCCUGCUGCCCAGUCAGUACCACGACAAGAAGGCGGUCGUGAUCGGCGCCGGGGCGUCGGGCCUGGCUGCGGCGCGGCAGCUGAAGAACUUCGGCAUGCAGGUGGUCGUGCUGGAGGCGAGGGAUCGCGUCGGAGGGAGGGUCUGGGACGACACGUCGCUGGGCGUGACGGUGGGGAGGGGAGCCCAGAUCGUGAACGGCUGCAUCAACAACCCCAUCGGACUCAUGUGUGAGCAAAUGGGCAUAAAGAUGCACAAGCUGGGGGAGCGGUGUGACCUGAUCCAGGAGGGUGGGAAGACCACAGACCCGGCCAUAGACAAGCGCAUGGACUUCCACUUCAACGCCAUCCUGGACGUGGUGUCCGAGUGGAGGAAGGACAAGUCUCAACACCAGGACACCCCGCUAGGAGAAAAAAUCCAGGAGGUCUAUAAAACGUUCCUCCAGGAGUCAGGGAUCCAGUUCAGUGAGCUGGAAGAGAAAGUGCUUCAGUUUCAUCUGAGCAAUCUGGAGUACGCCUGUGGCAGCAACCUGGACCAGGUUUCAGCGCGUUCCUGGGACCACAAUGAGUUCUUUGCCCAGUUCUCUGGAGACCACGCGAUGCUCACUCAGGGCUACUCCGCGCUGCUCAGCAGACUGGCCGAGGGCCUGGACAUUCGCCUCAGCACCCCGGUUCAAGCGAUUGACUACUCGGGGGAGCUGGUCACGGUCACUUCAUCGACUGGGUCCCAGUGGACAGCACACAAAGUGUUGGUGACCGUACCGCUAGCUUUGCUUCAGAAGAACGCGCUUCAGUUUGCCCCGCCGCUUCCUGAAAGGAAGCUGAAGGCUAUUAACAGUCUCGGUGCCGGGGUCAUUGAAAAGAUUGCCCUGCAGUUCCCCUACCGGUUUUGGGACAGCAAGAUCCAAGGGGCGGACUACUUUGGGCACAUUCCACCAGGUCCUGACAAGAGGGGGAUGUUCAGUGUGUUCUAUGACAUGGAUCCACAGGGAAAGCAUAGCGUCCUCAUGUCCGUCAUCACUGGGGAUGCUGUGGCCACUAUCAAGGAUCUGGGGGACAAGCAAGUGGCCAACCUGUGCAUGAAGGUCCUGCGCGAGCUGUUUAAGGAACAGGAAGUCCCAGAGCCAGUGAAAUACUUUGUGACACACUGGAGCAAAGAUGUGUGGUCACAGAUGUCUUACAGCUUUGUGAAGACAGGGGGCAGCGGCGAGGCCUACGACAUCAUUGCUGAGGAAGUGCAGGGAAAAGUAUUUUUUGCUGGAGAGGCGACAAACCGACACUUCCCCCAAACAGUCACAGGAGCCUAUUUGAGUGGGGUGAGGGAAGCAAGUAAAAUUGCUGCUUUGUAACCCCUAAGAGAGAAUGGGUGGUGAUGGAGAAACCAGCAUGAGGACAGCCUUCAGAAGACACUACUGUAUGCCAUGCUGCAGACUAUGCCCUACAGCCAUUGGUUUAACCUGGUGUUACACAAUACCAAGAGCCAGUCACUGCAGUCGCACCUCUCCACUUCUCUCAGGCUCUCAGGAUGAAUGGCUGUGGUCUUUUCGUUUCAUUGCGUGGGUGCGGAUUUAUAAAUGGAAAAAAUCUUCUGUGUGGUUAGUUGUUUUUUUUUUUUUAAUGGUUUAUGAAAUAUUAAACUGCAGCAUAACACUAAAUCAUGAUUGCUAAUGAGGGUAGCAUUAUGGCUUUUACAUUUUUAAUUUAAUUUUGAACAAUAACCCUGAUGAUAUGACGUGGUUUGCACAAAAAGGUGUUUGUUCAUUACAUGAUAUUUAUAAUUCAUGCCAUAAAUCUGAGAAUUAUUUAAUGGCAUAUUUGCACGUGUGUACAAAUAACUGCUCCAUCAGCAAUUGGCUUUCAUAGAGCCAGUUCCUUUUUAAAACAUCUUGUAACUUAUUUCCAUAACCUAUAUAUUUCUUCACAUGUUUGAAGGCAGAAAUGUCUGAAGUGCUCAUUUGCAGAAAUGUAUGAAAUGUAUGUUCUUUUGUUCAAGGAUUACUUUUAAGAACAGUCUUAUGUAUAUAUUUUUAUGUAUGUGUGCAGCAUGUAACUGUUGUAGUAUGGCCUGUUUGACUGUGCAGAACUAUUAACUUGUUUAUUUCGACAUGAAUAUUUAUAAACCCACCUACCAACA